AUGCGCUUCUCACUACUCCCCGCCGCUGUCGGGGCUCUGCUCCUCCCGGCCUCCAUGGCCCAAUUCGUUGGCGGGUCGGAUGGAAACACAACCGCACCCGUCGGGAGCCCCGACAAGGAUGGCAAAUACUGGGUCUCCAGCAAAUACAUCAAGGCCGCCUUCAUCCCCUACGGCGCCUCCAUCUCGGACCUAAUCAUCGAAGACCAGUACGGUAUCCCCCGUGACAUCGUUGCCGGUUGGGACAACGCCAGCUAUUACGGCAUUGACCGUCAGCACCCGCACUUCGGUGGUGUUCCCGGCCGCUACGCGAACCGCAUCAAGAACGGCACCUUUGAGAUUGACGGCGAGACCUACAAGGUUGACCUCAACGACAACAAUGGCCUCGACACGCUCCACGGAGGCUCCGACGGCUGGGACUACCGCAACUUCACCGUGGUUUCCCACACAAACAGCAGCAUCACCUUCUCCUUCACCGACCCAGACGGCAAAGAGGGUUUCCCUGGUGAAGUCGUUGCGCUCAUCACCUACACCAUUGUUGACUGGAACUGGGAGAUCAAGAUGAUUGCCACUGCGACUACUAAGAAGACGCCCAUCAUGCUCAGCAGUCACACAUACUGGAACCUCGAUGGCUUCUCCAACAAUGAGACCAGCACAGCUCUCAACCACACUCUGCAUAUGCCAUACAAUGGCCAGAGAGUAGCUGUCGACAAUAUCCUGAUCCCUACCGGCGAAAUUGUUGCCAAUACCAAGGGCUCCGUGAACGACUUCUGGAGUGCCCCGAAGCAGAUUGGCGCCGACUUCUCCAAGCCCGAGCUUGAGAACAACUGUGGUCUGAACUGCACUGGCUAUGACAACUGCUGGAUUGUGAACCGCAACGACCUCGGCUCCUACAACUGGCGCAAUGAGGGAUACAUCGCCCGCCUGCAGUCGGCCUGGUCCGGCAUCCAAGUCGAAGUCUACUCCGACCAGGACGCCUUCCAGAUGUACAGCUGCAGCCAGCAGAAUGGCUCCGUAGCCCUCAAGAAGACCCAGGGUCUGUUCGACAACGCCGACUUCCCCCGCAUCAUUCCCAAGUACGGCUGUGUCGUCCUCGAAGUCCAGGACUGGAUUGAUGGCAUCAACAACCCCGCAUGGGGCCGCGGCAAGAAGCAGAUCUUUGAGCCCGGCGGUGACCCCUACGUCCUCCAGGCUAGCUACCGCUUCAGCAUUAACUCUACUUCUUCUGAUGCGUAG